GAGCAGAGCUGGGGCCAGGCUCUCGAGUCGACCUGCUGCGAGCUCGUCCGGGGGAGCUGGGCGCUGCGAUCUACGGCGCGGAGGAGGAGCUGCGGGUCGGCCUCAAGCACGCCGAGCUCAAGCACGAGCAGGGCCUCGACUUCAAGAAGGCAGUUGAGGAGCGGCACCAACAGCAAGUUGACGGCCAGCCUGCGACGGAAGCCAGGGUCGUCGAGGCGCCUUGCACCCCGACGGAGGUCGAGGAGGAGCAGCGGAGGCGUGGGCUGAUUUUCUUCGACUGGGCUUUCAGAGGCACCGAGGACACCGAGAAAGUUUGCGACGAGGCCGACAAGGGUCCUGGCACGUCUCUCGCGGCUGCCGACCGCAGCGCGGGGCUCCUCUAUGGCAGCGCGCUGGGGAGCAAGGCCGCGGGCGAUCACGCGACCAAGCAACUCAUGAGUUUCACGGGGCAGCUGGCCUACCAGAGGUCCGAGCUCAGGGGCGACGCUGAGCCCGCGGCGAAGUCGCUCCAGGACAAGGUCGUCAAAGCGAGGGGCGAGAGGAACCUGGAGACCAGGGUUUCACGGGGCAAGACGAGGGGCAGCAAGUCGAUGGGCUUCAUCGAGACGCGGAUUCGGGGCGCGGGCGGCUGCGCAGCUGACUUCGCGGUCUACGGCGCGAGCUACACUGGCGUUGUGGCGCCGUUCGCCGAAGCGGCAGACAAGGCCUGGGCGAAAUGGAUCUGGGCCGGCAAGACGACCAACAACGAUGAGCGCAUCAUUCUCGCAGUGGCUGGGAAGGCGACCUGUGGGGCCGCCCGCAGGAUGCCGAAGGUCAAGAGCCAUGACAAGGGGCUGUUCCUGAAGGUCUGCGGCGAGCCCUGGAAGGAGAAGAUCGCCCACGUGCCCCGCUCUCUCGCCGCGGACGGCGGCCAGGGCGAGGUCGCGCCGACGCCGCUGGAGGCCGCGGGCACGGAGGACAACCAGGGCCCCGGGCUUCAGAGGCCCGAGCUCCUGAGCCUCAGCCUGGGGCACCAGGGGCCCGAGCUCCAGAGCCGCGACCGAGGCUCGGGCGAGAUGCUGAAGGCUCCGCGGAGGUCUCCGAACGGCGACGCCGUCCUUGGGCGGCGCGAGGCGAAGAGGGCGCGCCUCGAGGACCCGAUCGUCGGGGUCAUCGAGGACAUCAGGGAGCAGCUGAACUAUUCGGCGCUCCUGGCGGCCAGGGAGCUCACUCACUGGGGCAACAGCGGCUUCCCCGUGGAGGGGGCGGCGGGGGCGAUCGACAAGGGCCUGAAGCUCUGCGACGUGUUCGGCAUCCACUCGGCCCACCCCCGCGACGCCGCCGACGGCGCGAAGAAGGAGAUCGAUGCUUUGUUCGCGCCCGGGUCGACAUCUCUAACCAGCAUCGUCAUCGAUUUCCUCAGCCUGACGGGCGACGACCACCCAGGCGACCCGCCUGCGAUUGCAGUCGACGACGCGACGAGCGCGCGCUAUCAGCUACCCGAGAAGGAGGAGUUCCACUGCGACCCUCAGCCUGAGUGGUUUGCUGCGAGGGCCAAGGCAGGCCUCAGCGCGGAUGUCGCUUGGAAGCCGGAGAAGCAAUUACCUGGCAGGAGGGCGGCGAGCCGUGAGUGG